CCGAUUCGUUGAUUGUGAACAUUGGAGAUGCAAUGGAGUUCAUCAGUGGAGGUCUUUUCAAGGCUUGUUUGCACAGAGUGGUUGAACCACCAGCAGACCAGAAACAAUUUGAAAGAUUGGCCAUUAUAUACUUUUGCAACCCAAGCUCCAAGGCCGAUUUGGAUCCAGAAAAUAUUCAUUCACCCAAGUUGGCGUCUUUGGGGUUGGAUAAGGACCACAAAUUAAAGCACUGGGAGAAAAUUCAGUUCCAUCACUGGAAUUAUACAAAGGGCCAUUUGUUAGGUAGACUGGCAGCUGGAGAGAGAAACUUGGUGCAGUUUUUCGGAAGGACUAUUGAGAGAUGGCACCAUUUCCAGGGAGGUAUCACGAAUGUGUAGAUGAUAGCCCCUACUUUUUUUACUGAAUAUAAAUGUAGUACUGAUCGCUGGAUGUAUUUUGUAUCAGUGCGAUUACCCUGAAUUAGCGCGAUUGCGUAAAAAUACUGGAGCCAGAAACACUCGAGCAAGACAUGAAAGACUAUCUAGAAGAACUUGAAGAGAUCGAAAAGCAGCUUGAUUCUCUUCACCCCCAAGAUGAACUUACCAUAACACUGCCGGUAUCGACCGAUGAGUACUGCGAUACUCCCAUUAAUAAUGCACCAAACUCGUUCAAUAUUGAACAUUCAUAUGACAAGCCGGAUUUGAGGAAUCUCGUGUACGUAGGUCAAACAGACCAUUUACAGUGCCCUAUCUGCCAGCAGCCAUUCUUUAAUCCCUAUACAACGCUAUGUGGGCAUACUUUUUGCCGGGAGUGUGUUUUGGAGUGUUUGAAGAUGUCUAAGGAUUCAGAUUCUGAUACGUUAGGGGUAUGUCCGUUGGACAGAACACCUAUAGAUGCCACCAACUCGGGAGAUUUAUUCCCAACACCAAUUCUAAUCAACAAUUUGGUGGAUGAUUUGAAGGUCUACUGCCUCAACUCUGGUAGAGGAUGUGACUGGGUUGGUUGCAGAUGGGAAGUGGAACAUCAUAUCUUAGCGGACUGUGACUAUACGGGAGUGAGAUGUAACCGGAUACGGGAUGAUGACAGUUUGUGUGACGUGUUAGUAGAACGAAGGUACUUGAAGGUACAAGUAAAAGAGGAAGAAAAACAAAAACCUGAAUGCGUGCACAAAAUCUACAAAUGUUCCUUGUGUAAAGAUGAAAUCACGAAGGUCACAGAAGAAGAGCACCUCCAGAAUGAUUGUCUCUUCAACUACCAAACAUGUGGUAUUUGUGCCAAUGAUAUGAUCCCAAUGAAGAGUUUGGCCAAACAUCAAGACAGUUGUACGAAAGCCUCCAAAUUCAUAUGUCCGGCAAAAGAGAUAGGAUGUCAGUUCAUUGGAAAUAGCCUACCGUCUUUGGAGAACCAUAUGGAGAAUAAUUGUACUCUUAAUCAGUUUCUUCCAUUCUAUAAGACAAUGGAUGAAAAGAUUGGUAGUCUUACAACAGAAAAUGCCCACCUCCAAAGGCAAAUUAAUCAAAUUUUAAAUCUGGUGAUUCAAGGAAAGAUUACCAACUUGGGAUAUAACGAACCACUAGAAGAAAUAAACAGGUUCAAGAACCUCGACAGCGGAGACCAAGAUAAAUUGGUAUACUUGAGCUACGAAAUCGAACGAUUGAAGUACCAGAUGGAUGAAAAGCUAUUGCCCUUCGUUAGCAAACAAACAAAUGAAAGGGAACCAGUUAUAAACAACUUAGUCAAUGACAGUUUUAUAAUGAAAGACGACCUAAACCUACAAAGGAUGCUCAUUAACAGCUUGAGAAAGCAAAUUCAGUUCAUUCUAUUCAAGAACCAUAGACCUUCAUUUAAUGGCUUGAACAGCAAUCCAAUUUUUGAUGAUGACUUGUCAGAUUCAGACGAAAGGCUCAAUUUGAAGUUGUAGCUAUCACAUAUCUAAACUACAUUAACUAAUGAAUAAAUGACUCUACCAUAAAUUAAGUAAGCCAUCCCAUUCUUGUCUACUCCUUCUAUUCCAGUAGGAAUUCUCACCUCUGUUGUAAACCCAUUCUCCAGAAUCAGCAGCUUUGGUAUCACCUAUAUGAUGGAAAAACACCGGUCUGUAUGUUUUACCGGACUGUUCCAUUUCUUUUCUCCUUGUUCUCUGGUUUUCUUCCAACUCACAUUUAAGUUUUUCAGCUUCAUCAAUAUCGACAUUCAAGUAUGCAGCGACAUCAGGUCUUAGCCUUGAGUCAGUAGGAGCCAUCUUAUCCCUUUCAAUAUCUGUUAUUUGCACCAAGUCAUUUGCAAAUUCGGUGAAACCGAACCUUUUCUUGGGGUUUGGAACCAAUUUUCCAGAUGUCCAUAUAAGCUUCUCAGUGGUGUUCGUCUUUAACGUAAGAGACUCAGUCCAUUUACCAAAUACUGAAUAGGGCAUCUUCUUCUUGUUUGCACCGAAGGCUUCAAUACUCAAAUCUUCUGACCUUCCACUAAACAUCCCCCCUUUAGUAAACUCCACCACUGCUUUGGUUCCUGUGGAUGACUUAAUCGUAAUCGUGCUGCUUGGUUCUGAGUACUUCUCACCAGCUAUAAUGUUUUUCAACAUAGAAUUAGGCUGACUCCAUUGGAAUACUUCACCAGUUGACCUAAUGGUUAACUUUAUUAUACCCUUAUUGAUGAUUUCAGCGGUCUUACCCCAAAACUUUUGUGAUGGUGAUAAACUCCAGCUCAAUGUCCAGUCCUUGGAUUCAACAAAUGCAGCGAAGACUGGAGGUCUAUGACAGACUUUUUCACUCACCAACCGUAUUCCCUUAUCUUCUCUAACCAAUUCAAAAGUUUCACCUAAUAAUGGAUUGAACGGUUUUCUUACAUUUCUUUCCUUAUCUCUGACCGACGAUAUAGAACUCACGGCAAACGCUGCUAUUCUUAAGAUUUUCUCUCCCGUAUCCUGAUUAUCAACGACCUGCAAAGCAUUAUUGAUCAAGUCACAGUAUUCGAUCAAUUCUGCGUACUUCUGUAACAUUGUUACGGGUUCGUUCAUGUCAACAGG